AGACCUGGGAGAGGAAGUUUGUUCCCUAAACAAAAGUCAUGGAGGACAAGGGAGCAGAGAAAGGAGCAGAGGCCCAGAAACAGUUUCUUCGCCGCCGGCAGGACCUGGAUUACUUUCAGAAAAACGCAUCGAGCCUCCGCAGAAGGAACCUGCUGACCGGCCUGGGGUUCGGAGCUUUUGUGGUCGGCAUUUUUGGCUACAGCAUCAUGUCGGUCAAACAGGAGAGAAUCGUGGAGGAGAUGGAUGAAGAAGCUAAGAUCCACAUUGUUAGGGGACCACGGACUGGUGCCAACUCCUGAAAAGGAUCUAUGGGGACAUUUAAUAUUUUGAUUUGUUUGGAAGUGUGUAAAAAUGUAUUAUUGCAUUUUUUUGUAUAUUUGGAACAUUAGUGUAAACCUUAAUAUGUCUGUGGUAAAACUUUUCUGCUCAAACACAGUUUUAUGACUGUAGUGGUCACCUAAAUGUGGAAUAAACGUCCCACCUGUCUUUGA